AAAUAUUGACUUCGCGAUUGUGCGUGGUGUCGCAAGCGAGUCGUGCAGUAGACGGCGAUGCUCUUUUAAAAAGCGAGUUCUUGCAAGUGAUAAGUCAAGUGCUGUCGAUUGAAAAAUUGGUAAUCGGAAUAUCCUGGAAACAGGAAAUAAGGAAGAUGUUAUUAGCGGCUAGUGCUGUGCUUUUUGGAUUGACCCUCGGUCUCUCCCACGCGAGUAACUCAGCACUCGAGUCGACACCGAGCUCUUUCAACAAUCAUGGAGCUCCCCGAUUGGAUUUGGAUAGUCCAGAAAGCGGAUACCACGGCUUGGUGAAGGAAAAUGAAACUUUGGUCGAGGUCACACCACAAAUACGAGCUAUAGGUGCUAAAGUCUGCUCCUUCCGUAUCGCGAACAAACACCAUGGCGAAGCGCCCUUCGAGAUUGUUUUGAAAGAGAAAGGAAUGGCAGAACUGAGGGCGCUCCGAGUUCUGAACUGCGAGAAACGGCGUAAUUACAAGUUUGAUAUCGAAGCUGUUGGCUGCAACGGAUCAUUAUCGGAAAAUGCCACGGUGCAUAUUACUGUAGUGGAUGUGAAUGAGUAUGCACCACAGUUUCUACAACCGGCCUAUGUCAGUACGGUGGAUGAAGGACGUCUAUACGAAGAAGUUGUUCGUGUCGAGGCAUCCGAUAGAGAUUGCACCCCAAAAUUCGGUGAUGUAUGCAAGUAUGAAAUUUUGACAGCUGAUCAACCAUUCAUCAUCGAUAAUGAAGGAGCGAUACGCAACACUGAGCCAUUGGAUUACGAGCGAUCACAUAAUUACAUCUUAAGCGUGGUAGCGUACGAUUGUGGUAUGAAACAAUCCGCACCAGCUAUGGUCACCGUUAAAGUCAAUCGUGUUUGCGCGCCUGGCUGGAGAGGAAUUCCAGAAAGAGUUGAUUAUGCCGCUGGCGUAGGUUCUCAACCUUUGCUUCCUUCCGCCAGGCUAGAUCUUUGUGAUGCUCCCUGCAUAUUACGUAAUGUUCGAGCCACUUUAACUCUUGCCACGGACCAUAUAGGGAAAGGAUGUGAUCGUGAUACUUACGGUGUACGCAGCCAACGUAAGUUAUGCGGUGCAUCUCGCGAUAGCGUAGAUUUAUUGCCAACACCUGGGCCUACUACUUCCUGGACGGCAUCUUUGUCUCGAGAUGAAGGCAGAGAAGCGGACGAAAUUUUUGAGUUCGAUGGGGUAGAUUCCGCUGCUAUUGUACCUAAUGAUGUGCUCGAGCAUACUCUGGCACAGAAAUUUACGAUUGGAGUUUGGGUGAAACAUCGACCUCGUCCUAGACAAGAUCCUCAUGUUAAAGAGCAUAUUUUGUGCGCUGCCGAUGAUCACAAAAUGAAUAGACAUCAUUAUGCCCUGUUUAUUAGAAACUGCAGACUGAUUUUACUACUUAGACGCGAUUUCUCAGAGGGUGAUCCUAAUAUCUUUCGGCCUGCCGAAUGGCGUUGGAAACUAAGUCAAGUAUGCGAUGAUAAGUGGCAUCAUUAUGCCGUUCAAGUCGAAUUUCCCCAUGUGACCUUAUUCGUUGAUGGAGAAGAAUGGCACACGGAUGAGAAGAAUCCCGAAGUUAUCGAUGAUUGGCCACUGCACCCUGCGAAAGGUGUUAACACGACACUCGUUGUUGGCGCAUGUUGGCAAGGUUCCGACAAUAAGACGAAACAUCAUUUCCGUGGCUAUCUAGCUGGAUUAUCAGUACUAGUUGGAAGGACCGAGAAACCGGACGUGUUGUCCUGUUUGCGCCGUUGCCAGGAAGGUAUUCACGUGCCAUCAAUGGAUUUGCUCCAACCAGGGACCCAAUUGCUCACCAAUUCCGACCUAACAGAGGUACGAAUCGAUGGAGAUAACCGUACUAAUGUUGAAACGCUUCUCCGUCGCAUAGGUUAUUCCAAUUCGAGACGAUUCCCUACUCCAGGCCGUCGUAACUUCCGUUUAGAAACCACGAUCGUCUGCGAAGGUAGUGAAAAUAAUCCCCUCCCGGUACCAACCGUUCAAUCAUACGUCACAGUUCUACCACCGCCCCGCCCCGGUAUUACUGUCAAUGGUACUGGUUACGUGGCCAGAGAAUAUGCAGAUUUUCGCCUAGGUGUACGUGUAUUUCCAGACACUCGUGUCACUGCCGGCUCUGCUGCCAGAUUAGAUGCAUGCGCGGUCAGUGUUUAUCCAAGUCUCAAUCCUGAUCAUGAAAGUUUAGGUUUACCAGGCGAUGCUCUGCGUAGAUUCCGUUCUAUUACCGCGCGUGUAGAUCGGGAUGGUGUUGUUCUCUCAGGCGCUGAUACACCUUAUAAUUAUCAGCAAUUAAUACGUCUUAUAAUGUACACAAAUCGCAAGCCAGCUUAUUAUCUCGAUCGUGUAUUUAAAUUGACUUGUUCCGAGCUCAGCGGCCGUUUUGCAAGCAACGAAUACGUACAAACACUCGCCGUUAUUCAUCCAAAAGAGAAAACUACCGUUCUUCCUCACUCUACUCCUGACGAACCACCGAUUGCAAGAAUUUUGGAACCAGCACCUGGACAUGUGCAAUUGUCUCCUCAUCAUGCAGAUUUACCCGAAGAGUACGCAACAGCUGCGCUUCGUGAAGGAAAUAGAAGCAUCGGAGGAGCGACCAGCAGUCAUGCAGUUACGAUUGUUGCAGUUGCCUGCAUCUGCUUCUUGGUUUUAAUGGCGGUGGUAGGAGCCGCGAGAGUUAGGGGAGCUGCGAAAAGACGACCAUCCGCUGGAGAUGAGUUAGCUGCUGAAACUGAAAUGGCUUGGGACGAUUCUGCACUUGCUAUCACCGUGAACCCAAUGGAAAGGCUCACAGAACAUGAUCCUCAUCAUCAAAGUCAGAGAGAUGAGGAUGUGGAUGAUUCAGGAAGUUCAGACUCGGAAGAUGGAUCGUACAGAGAUGAUGAUUUAGACAGUUCUGAUUGCGAAAAUGAUUGCGAGAUAAACAAUGGACGACAUCGCCGUCACACUUCACCUCACGAUUUGGAAUGGGAUCAUCGUGAUGUCUAAAUUAUUAUCCCUCUGCAUUCAUCCCCUUUCUUCAUAUGGUAAUUAAGCGGAGUACUAACUUAUAUUGUUUUUCAUUUAAUCCCUUUCAAAUGAUAAUUAUUGUUUCUUUUUUAAUGACGCUUCGUAAUGCAUUGCAGAAUGUACUAAAGGCGAGCUCUGAUUAUAUGAAUUAUACUUCAACUAUUUUCAUAAUAUUCAUGAAUUCAAAUCCUUUUUGGAACUUCGAUGCGUCUUUUGAAGAACAUAUUAACAUUUUCGGUAAUUAAUCCGAUAUUCCUAUGAAUAAAUACGAAAGCGUCGUAUUAUAUCCGUCCCCAUAGAUGAAUGACAUAUUGGUAAUUGUAAAAUGUUAAUAAUUAGUAGUUAGUACUCUCCUUAAAAGCCAACAAGAUUUGUAAGAGAGUGCGGGACGCUUUAUUGAAUAGUUAAAACACUUUUUAUCUACAACAUGCCAUAAUGUUGAUAGAUGAAAAAUACACGUGGAAGAUACUUAAGUUUACUGGGAAGUUCUCGGUAAAUAUUGGAAGCAAUUAAUUUAUAUUUGACUCAUUAUUAUUAAUUAUUAUUAUUAUAAUUAUAAUUAUAAUUAUUAUUAUUAUUAUUAUUAUUAUUAUUAUUAUCAUCAUUAUAUUAUUAUAAUUAUUAUUACUAUUAUUAUCAUUAUUAUUUUUAUUAUUAAUAGUAAUAGGAUGAGGGAACUUUUUAUACUCUUAAUUAUCUUCUCCUCCUUUUAUUCUAUUUUAUUCUAUUCCACUAUUACCUGUUAUAAAUAUUUACUAACGCUGAUUAUUAUAUAUAUUGCUAUUAUAUAUUUGAAUAUAAUUUCCUUUGAUACACAGGACAGCCCGAUAACGUAAUCUGACUGUUAUUUAAUUGAAUAUGUAUAUUUUACUCUUUUUUAUCUAUAACUAAACAUUUUAACUCGACAUUUGAUCUCAUAAGUAUAUAUAUAUCUAUAUUUUUUUCAUAACAAUCAAGUCUUUCAUAUUCGACUAAACUAAGUAUUUAAAAAUUGUAUAUGCCCAUUUUAUUAUUAGUAUGCUAUCAAUGAAAAUAAACAAUAAAAAAAAAUAAUAUAUAUACACAUAUAUAUAUUUCUAAUCUGUAGCACGUAAAAUCGGGCUGAGCCUAGGCCAUCGUAUGAUACUUGCCCAAUUUUCCACUUUAUUUUUAAGUAAAAAGAAAAAAAAGAAAAACCUCUAAUAUAAUUUGCACAAUGUUCCUUCCUAAUCAAUCUACAAAAAAAAAAAAAAACUCUUAGCUCUUAGUAAGGACAUUGCCGCGCAUCUUAUGAUAGUGCUUCACCAUUAAGUACGGUAUAAUAUCAUAUCCGUAUACAUGUGUGCGCAUGCAUAUAGAUUUGUAUGCAAGUUCAUUGCGUAUACAGACUGUAUGGAGUACAUGUGUAUGUGCAUGAAAAAGAAAAAAAGAGAAAAUAAAAAAAAACAUGUGUACUUACAUAUACAUACAGCGUCCGAUCAUUAUUCUGUGGUGAGGAGCGCGCCUCCAUUUAUACAAUGGAGUCAAUUUAUUUAUUGAAAAAUAAUGCGCAGCAAUUCGACCAGCGAAGGAUAUCGUUUGUUAUUUUUUUAAAGGAUUAUCGUGCAAUCGUACUCUUUUCAUAGAGAAACUGAUUUUUAUGUGCCUUUACGCGACUAGUAUGUUGAAUUCUACUCUAUAUUUUAAUAGCGAAACACUCAAACUGAUUUCCUAUCAGUAUCUAUCGCAUGUUAGGCGUACCACUCGAGGAACAUCUCGAAUGCAAACUGCUCUACUGUUGUUGUAUUUUAAAACAUUAACUAUUAUAACGGCAUAGGUAUUAAGGGACAGAUGCGUGAGAAAAGUGUCGCACGUUCGUUGAUACAUGAACUACUUGCACGUUCAUUAAAAAAACAAGAAAAGCGGGAUGUGUAAUACCGUAUAUUAAGCGAAAAUGUGUAUUCUAUUGUUUUGUAUUAAAAGGGAAAUACGUAUUUCUAGCUGGUGAGCAAGUAUAGUUCACUGUAUCAUUCGAACGUAUGCCUCGUACGUGCAAUGAUCCGCAGGGUAUUAAUUAUCGACGAAUGAUCUCGUAAAUAACUGCGCAUUGAUACUCGCUACGAAGUAAUGAGAGGAUUUUGUGUAUGUAUCUAUGUAUUUAGAAUUAUACCGACCGAUCGAAUAUUUAGUAUUGAAAGUUUGUGUACGGAUAUCUAUAUUCAUAGAAACUAUAUGAACAAUUUAUUUUUCCAACGAGCAUAUCAUAUCAUUUUUAUAAGAGAUUUGUCAAAAGUUUAAAAACUUUUCGUAAAGGGCUCCUAUAUAGCAACUCGUUAUCGUGACGUUACUUGCCAUAAUCAUGAUUCGUUUCUAUCAUCUUUAUUUAUAAAAAAAAAGAAAAUUUCUUUUUUUUUUUUCGUUUUCAUUUUACUUUUCUUUUAAUUAUGUUAAGAUAAAGAAUAAGUGCAUUAUUUAUAUACAUUUUCUUUCCAUUUGAUCGAGGAAGAACAAAAUGGCGCGAUUAAGUAUUCGAAGUGUAAUGAAAGAAACAAAAAAAAAUAAAAAAUAAUAAUGGUCGCUAAAAAUGAAGGAAACAAUAUUAUGCUGCUAUUUAUUUUAUUUAAUUCUUUUUUUUUUAACAGCGCACAUGCGACACACGUGUAUGCGCAUUUCAAAUUUUCUCUGUAAAUUUCCACGUGAAUAAUCGAAUGAAUUAUAAUAUUGAAAAAUUUAUAAAUCUCUCAUCUAAUUUACAAUUUUAGUUUGUAAUUAUUGCAAAUGCAAUUCAAUUAUUUUUGAAUGUAUAAAUUUAAAUAAUAUGAUAUUCGGGAAAUAAUUAUGUUUACAAUUAUAUAUGAAUUUCUCUUUUUAUGGGGCUAUAAAUUCUUUACAUACAUAUACAUAUAUAUUUCGAGGAUCAUAGAAUUUAUCAUGAAUCAUAAGAAAAAAAAAAGAAAAAGAAAUUUGAUUGACCGAUUCCUUCUUCGAUCGCACAACACAACCCUCCACAGACCCUUUCUUGAGUCUUUUACACGGCAUAAGUAUAAAAUUUAACAACUGCACAAAGAAUUAAAAUGCUGACUUUCGCAACAUUAGAAACGCGAGAAUUCAAAUCGUAAUGUAUUCUGUACUGGAAGUCAACGAAGAAUAUCCGUCGACAACUCGACUCGAGUACAGAAAGGGAGCAUUUUUUUUGUUAUCCGGUCUAACGAGCCAUUUGGAGCAAGAUGAUAUGUAUAUGUAUAUCAAAAAGACUCGUUUUUCUCGGCUGCUAGCGAAAAAAUAUUCAUAAGAGAGAACGACACCAUUGCAACCUAACUAGGUGUACACACACGCCUGUUCUAAAGAUGUACUUAAUUAUAUUAAUUGUAUGGAGAAAAAGAAAAGAGAAAAAAUGGAACUACGCAGAACAAAACCAACUAGAUGAUACUAUUAUAAUAUAUAUUAUACAUAAAAAUAUAUCUAAGCUGUUUGCAAAUGAUGAUUUAAGAGAUGAAAGAGGGGAAAAAAAGAACGAAAAAAGAUGGUAUGAAUUUGUAAUGUACUAUUGUAUUUUGUAGGCAGCUAGUGUACGUAUACAUAUGCACAUGUAUCCGUGUAUGUAUGUUUACGUAUAUAAAUAUACAUACUCUUUGACAUUUACACGUACCAUUCGCCUAAAUAGUCUACAGAAUAUUUUCAAUUUUCGGUCCAAGCUGAAACAAUUCAGGAGUAUACUGUUCGCGAUCAUAAGAAUUACUAUGAUACUUGGAAAACCGCGAAUUUCUGUUCCUGAAUGCAAAACGCUUGAUCCGAAUUUGUUAGAGCACUUGGGCGCACGACAAAUACACAAUAGUACGCUCUCGCCUCUAUUUCGUAUAUAAAUGUUAAGUACCCUUUGAUGCAAGAAAAGGCCACAGAAAUUACGUGCGUAGGUACGUGUCUGUCACGUAAUUCAAACUCAUUUCAAAAGAAAAAAAAGAGAUAAAAUAUUAUCAAUCCUACGGUAACAUUGUAAUGAAUUAAAUAAUCAACUAUAUCGACUAUAUAGCUAGGCCGUAAGCGAGAUGUUACGGACCGACUAAAUUCCCUCCCGUCGCAGAUUGAUUGUGUGUUAACUAAUAAGGUUAAGUAAUGAUAUAGUACCGUUAAGGAAUUUAAUUAUUAAUAUUGAUACUAUCUGUACGCUAAGCACAGUUUCAAAGUCAUUAAGUGAUGUGAAAUAUGGAAAAAGGUGAAGAAAAGAUUGUAACACAAGUUUUGAUUUAAACGUGUGACACACUGAGUUAUUCAGUGCGUCUACACGUGACGCACAGAAAUGUCAAAUUACCUUGUUAUCCUGUAAUUGAGAAUCGUUCGACAAGAGAAAUAUUAGCAAUAGUAUCAUACACAGAGAAACAUACACGUACAUAUUAACAUACACCUACAUACACAUUCAUAUACACAUAUACACACAUAAGCGCGGCCGCAUAUACACGCUGCACAGGCUAGGAAAAUGAAAUACUAUCUAUAACGACAUAUUAUAAAUAAUAUUAAGACGUCAACUGUAUUUGUUUAAUAAAGAUGUACAUUCGAAAAGUAAA